UAAUUAAAAUUAGAUGUUUGAUCCGCUCGCGUACUCGCAUACAUAACAUCUAACAACAUCCCAUGGAGGGUCACGUCAGAGGUCAAAUUCAAUUGACCAAUGAAAUCACAUCUGGCAAACUCUUUAAAUGCUCGUCGAAGGGAAUAAGUCUAGAGUGGUUCCGAAUGUAAAAAAAAAAAAAAACGUGAUCCGAACCAAGACAAUGGCGGCGCGCAUUACGCCUGUCAAAUGCUAUUCGUUUGGAAACAUUUGUGUUGUGUGCGGGUUUUCGUUUGUUACAAAGUUUGUAGAUGAAUUAGGCAGCAUAAAAGUUCAAAAGUGUUUGGAUAAAAAAUUAAGAUUAACACGUGAAAGAUUGGAAACGUUACUGAACGUGUGUGAUGUGAAGAAAGAGACUUGUUUUCCUGGUGACGCGGGUGUAUGUCAGAAAUGUUUUCGGGCCAUGGACAGGGUGCGCAAAUUGGAAAAAGAGGCGAUGGAGGCAAGGGAGAGAUUUACAAGUAACAUACGAUCAACCAUGUCAAGAUAUAGUGUUACUGUGCCCUCACCAUCAAAAACAGUCAUUAAGAAGAGAGAAAUUAGAAGUCCAGGAGUUUUGGGAAUUGGGAAACGCUCGAAAGCCUCAGAGGAGACAGAGACAUCUACUAUGUUAGUACCGAUUCGAAGAGUGACACCUCAAAAACUAAAGCCUCUUGCCCCCUUUAUCGUAGGCAGCAUCACAGGAUCACAACCACCCCUGUUGCUUGGAGAAGAAUCCUGGAAGAAACUUUUACAGGUCCCAGACACUGGAUACAGUGUUGUCUCUAUUGCACCAAAGACAGAGAGACCAGGUUGUACUGCACUAUCCAAGUGGGAGAAAGUCGUCAAUCAUCAAAGAGGACACCCACCAACAGAUAUGCAAAGCUAUAGCAAGAGGAGGAAAUACAGAAACUGUCAUAGUUGACAUUCUGCGGAAGUCUAGUCCAUUGGAA